CGAUCCCUCUCACGUGCAAAACGCUUGCACGCGCCCACGCACAGAAGCCCUAGCGUCACCUCCUCUCCCCCAACCUCCAGCGUCGCCUGCGGCCUCCCUCCAACGUCAUCUCCCUCCAGCGACCUCCCGCCGGCAUCGCCUCCCUCCCGUGGCCUCCAGCGUCCGCCCCCGACCUCCUUCCCACGACCUCCAGCGGCCCCCUCCCGCGACCUCCCUCCCGCGGCCUCCAGCGACCUCCCACGACCUCCAGCGGCCCCCUCCUGCGACCUCCCUCCAGCGCCCUCCAGCGACCUCCGCGGCCUCCCUCCUCCCGCGAUCUCCAGCGGCCCCCUCCCGCGACCUCCCUCUCGCGCCCUCCGCGGCCUCCCUCCUCCCGACAUCUCCAGCAGCCCCCUCCCGCGACCUCCCUCUCGCGACCUCUAGCAACCUCCAGCGGCCUCCCUCCCUGGCACCGUGUGGAAGAAAGCGAGAACCUUUUAGGUUGUUGCUUCUGCCAUUUCACCAGUGUAAUUAGAUUAGUUUCGAAGAGUCAGCUUCCAAUGUUACCACAGAAGAGGCCACAUCCUGACUCCAAAUCUAAACCUCCACCACUCCCGGAAGCUGAACAAAAAAUCUACACAUCGAUCAAGAGCAAACAAAGCAUGGGGAUUUGGACAGCGGACAUCAAAAGAGAAACAGGUCUUCCUAACACUGUUGUCACCAAGGCCCUCAAGUCACUGCAGAACAAAAACCUUAUAAAAGAUGUCGUCAAUGUUCACAACAGAGCUAAAAAGAUGUUCAUGGCUGUGGAGUUUGAACCAUCAAGGGAAAUAUCUGGUGGUUCAUGGUACACCGAUGGAAAACUCGAUACGGAGCUCAUCAAUGCUUUGAAGAGAGUUUGCUUGAGGUACAUUGCGGAGCACAAAGUCACAACAAUGGAAGAAAUAUCAAGGUCCAUAGAGGCCUCAAGAGUGCUGAACGUGCCAUGUAGCAUGCAGCAGUUGCUUGAGAUCGUUCGUACAUUGGUUCUCGACAAAGAGAUUGAGGAAUUUAGGAGCAAGGGAGCAGGAGAAUUUGCGCGUGUGCCAUCAGGUAAGACUUGCUAUAGGAUCUCAAGGGGAAAAGUGGGAACUGAAGCUGGUUACUUGGCUUCAGUUCCUUGCGGAGUGUGCCCGAGAAUAAGCGAAUGCACACCUGAUGGGGUUAUAUCGCCCAAGACAUGUGUGUACUACAAUAAAUGGCUCAAUCUGGACUUCUAGAUGUUCCCUGUCAUUCAAACUUCCUUUCCUUAGGGUCGCAAUGACUCCAGAAAGCAGCAGCUGAGGAUUUUUUUUUUUUGUUCUAUUUGCCAACUAGAUAUUAACUUAGCUUGUAAUUAUCGUUUAUUUUGCAACAAGUUAAGAUCUUCUUGUCA